UUCGCAUGAGCGAAGAAGAAAAACCGCACGUUUACUUCCGGUAAAAAAAAAUGAAAACACAUGGGCUGAAAAUAACUAAAGUCAACUAUUUGCAGUCAUGACGAGGUGGGCGAGAGCCAAUAACGUACACAAACAAAAACCAGAAGAAGCAACUCCCUGGAAUAAGCUGAGAGGAGGAGGAAGAGCAGGAGGUCACGCUGCUGGGGGCACACGAGGAGCUCAGAGGGACCCCCUGAAAAGGACUGAGGUUGAUGGAUCGGGCGUGAAGAAGCCCAACCGCAAGAAGAAGGACUAUACCAACGAGGACGUGAAUGGCUUCCUGCAGUACCUGCAGCAGAGCGGACAGGCACUGCCUGCUGGGGAGGAAAGGGGGAGAGAGGGAGAGCGUCAGCUAAGGGAGGAGGUGAAGGUGGCCCUGAAAAAGGACCAAAAGAGGGAGGACAGGAGGAUAAAGAGACAGAAGGACAAAAAGAACAAAAUGGUAUGUUUUAACUGCAGGAAGCCCGGUCACGGUUUGGCCGACUGUCCUGAUGCUGUCAGAGACGAGGAGAUGGGCCGAGACAUCUGCUACCGCUGCGGCUCCACCGAGCAUGAUAUCCGCAAGUGCAAAGCCAAAGUGGAUCCGGCUCUGGGUGAGUACCCAUUUGCCAAGUGCUUCAUCUGCGGUCAGACUGGACACCUGUCCCGCUCGUGUCCUGACAACCCCAAAGGACUCUACGCACAAGGAGGCUGCUGUCAUGUUUGUGGUUCAGUGGAACAUUUUCAGAAGGACUGUCCAGAGCAUCAAGCUGCAACUAAUUCAGUGACUUUGUGCUGGAUGUCCAACAAUCUGAGCGCAGACCAUGAGGAGGUGCAUGUUCCAGUAAAGAAAGCCAAACCAAAGCAGCCCAAAGUGGUGACGUUCUGAGAACGUUUUAUAAACCUGAAGAUGGUCAGAGCGGCUGAACAACCGUCAUGUCUGCAACAUGAUUGACCUGCGUCACCUCCUGGACUCUUUAACAGAUGAAACACUUCAGAGGAGCUGAAGUUGGUCAGCAGAUGUCUCUGGAUGGAAAGAAACACUUUAUUAAAAAAUGGCUUCCAACAGCUUUGGUUGACUUGAUAACUUGAGUUAUUUCGUAAAAAAUAAAUAAAAAUAUC